GAGAGAAGGGAGAAAGAAGAGGCAGGAGCAGAGAAGGGAGACAGGGAGGAGGAGAGAGCAGCAGGACGGAGUCCUGGAGUUAGGGGGCUUGAAAAGAGAGCCGAGAGGGGCUGUGGCUUAGAAACCUAGAGGUAACCGGAGGGAGAAGCAGGAGGCAGGGAGAGGAGUAAGAGCGGAGGGAGCCGGAGACUGGAGAGUUCCGGGGAAAGGCGAGGAAGGAGAGGCACAGGGAGAGGAGAGAGGAGCGGGUUUGGUGGAGGGGGGCGACUCAGUGUCCCGCUGCCUCCGUAUUUGGGGAACCGGGACUCCUUGUGGGGAGGAGAGGAAGGCUGGGAGUCCUGGAGGGACAGGGUCCCCCAAAGAGGGGAGGGAGGAGCUGAGAGAGAGAGGGCCAGGGCAUUGGGAAGGGUCGCUCAGAGGUCUCCCGGGGAUGGGGGGUGCCGCUCCUCUGAGCGCCCCUCAAGCGCUGGUACUCUGGGCGGCACUGGGGGCGGCAGCUUACAUCGGACCCGCACCUGACCCUGAGGACUGGUGGAGCUACAAGGAUAAUCUCCAGGGAAACUUCGUGCCAGGACCUCCCUUCUGGGGCCUGGUGAAUGCAGCCUGGAGUCUGUGUGCCGUGGGGAAGCGGCAGAGCCCUGUGGACGUGGAGCUGAAGAGGGUCCUUUAUGACCCCUUUCUUCCCCCACUGAGGCUCAGCACUGGGGGAGAGAAGCUCCGGGGAACCUUGUACAACACCGGCCGCCACGUCUCCUUCCUGCCUGCAGCCCGGCCCGUGGUCAAUGUGUCAGGGGGCCCCCUCCUGUAUAGCCACCGACUCAGUGAACUGCGGCUGCUGUUUGGAGCACGUGACGGAGCCGGCUCUGAACACCAGAUCAACCACCAGGGCUUCUCCGCUGAGGUGCAGCUCAUCCACUUCAACCAAGAACUCUAUGGGAACCUCAGCGCCGCCUCCCGGGGCCCCAAUGGCCUGGCCAUUCUCAGCCUCUUUGUCAAUGUGGCUGGCAGCUCCAACCCAUUCCUCAGCCGCCUCCUUAACCGGGAUACCAUCACCCGCAUCUCCUACAAGAAUGAUGCCUACUUUCUUCAAGACCUGAGCCUGGAGCUCCUAUUCCCCGAAUCCUUCGGCUUCAUCACCUAUCAGGGCUCUCUCAGCACCCCACCCUGCUCGGAGACAGUGACCUGGAUCCUCAUUGACCGGGCCCUCAAUAUCACCUCUCUCCAGAUGCAUUCCCUGAGACUCCUGAGCCAGAAUCCUCCGUCCCAGAUCUUCCAGAGCCUCAGCGGUAACGCCCGGCCCCUGCAGCCCUUGGCCCAUAGGGCCUUGAGGGGCAACAGGGACCCCCGGCACCCCGAGAGGCGCUGCCGAGGCCCCAACUACCGCCUGCAUGUGGACGGUGCCCCCCAUGGUCGCUGAGACUCCCCAUCGAGGAUUGCGCCUGCCCUCCCCAAGCCUCCCCACAAGGGGAGGGGAGUGACCCGCCAAAACAAAGCUAUUAAAGGGACAGAAUACUU